CAGUGGUGGGCUGCAGACUGUGGACUCUCAGUAAACACAGGCAGUUAGUUAUUAACGGUAGAAACCCAGAGAAGCCUCGUCUCUGUCCAAAGCUCGGAGUCUUCACACGUUUGACUGACAUCAUGUCCCGCCUCGUCCUCUUGGUGUGCGUCACCGUCGCUCUGUGGUCUGCGUCGGUGCUCAGUGUCUCAGUGUUCUCAGACCCUGCUGAGGCUCACAUGCUGCUCCGCUCCCGUCGGGCCAACUCCUUCCUGGAGGAGCUGAAACCCGCCUCCUUGGAGCGGGAGUGUGUGGAGGAGAAGUGUAACUUUGAAGAGGCCAGAGAGAUCUUCCAAACCAGGGAAGCCACACUGGAGUUCUGGACCGUGUACACAGAUGGGAACCAGUGUCACUCCCACAUGUGUGUUCAUGGAACCUGUGUGGACCAGUACCAAGCCUACCGCUGCCGCUGUAACCGUGGAUACGAGGGCAAAUACUGUGACCAGCUUGUAACCGCCACUAACUGCUCUGUGGAAAACGGCGGCUGUAACCAUGAGUGCAGGGAGAGCGAGGACGGUCUGACGAGGAGCUGCAGCUGUGUGAGCGGAUACAAACUGCAGGACGACUCCAGGAAAUGUGUCCCGAAAGGUCCCUCGUCCUGUGGUCAGCUGCUGAUCGGCAGGUCGUCCUACACCAAACCCAUGGAUGGUCUGCUUCCGUGGAUGGUGGGAGGGGAGGUUGGGAAAAAGGGGGAGAGUCCCUGGCAGGUGCUGUUAAUGAACGCCAGAGGAGAUUUUCAUUGCGGCGGCGUCCUCAUCGAUCAGAGCUGGGUCCUGACGGCCGCUCACUGCCUCGAAAACAACCUAAAAUUCAGAGUUCGACUCGGUGACUAUGAGCGUCUCAGAGAUGAAGGCACAGAGAUGAUGCUGAAGGUCAUCGAGACCUUCAAACAUCCAAACUACAACAGCAGGACGGUGGACAACGACAUCGCCCUCCUGCGUUUGGAGACGCCCGCCCAAUUCUCCAAUUACAUCAUCCCUGUGUGCCUGCCGGGACAGGAUUUGGCCGAGCGGGUGCUCCACCUCAACGGCACCACCACCGUGGUGACGGGCUGGGGCAAAGAGAACCUGGAUAGCACCCAGUUCAGCUCUGCGCUCAACGUCAUCAAGGUCCCGCUGGUGAGCCACAGCAUCUGCUCCCAGCAGAUGUCCUACGACAUCUCCGACAACGUCCUCUGCGCCGGGAUCCUCGGCCAGAACAAGGACGCCUGUGAGGGGGACAGCGGCGGACCGAUGGUCACUUUGUACCGAGACACCUGGUUCCUGAUUGGCCUGGUGUCCUGGGGCGAGGGCUGCGGCAGGGAGGACAAGCUGGGCAUCUACACUAAGGUGUCCAACUACAACGAGUGGAUCAACAGAGUGCGUGAAGAAUGGGACAGUCGACUUCCACAACCACCGUCAGACAUCUGAACCACCUCCAGCCCCAAAACUCGAUCCAGUCUGGUUUGCUUAAUACGUUAAUACACUUUAAUAAAGGCAUCCUGUCUAAA